AUGCCGCCUUCACAGAGGAGACGCCGUCCGGUGGAAGACGACGGUGAAUCCGACGAAGAUGCUCGACCAAGGCAGCGCCCGCAUAUCGAGGCCUCAGAGACGGAGCAGGAAGAGGAACCGUCAGACGAGGAUGCGGAAAUGAACGGCGCAACCUCGAGAGUCGACGAGCAGUUGGCCAAGAAGCUGAUUCGAUAUGUGAUUGCCUGCGAGUACUCGAGAACGCCGAUACGGAGAGAUGGCAUCAAGGAGCGAGUCCUCGGAAAGCAAAGUCGUUCAUUCAGGAGAAUAUUCGAGCUGGCGCAAACCCAACUGAGAGCGGUCUGGGGGAUGGAGCUGCGCGAGCUGCCUGUCCGAGAGAAAAUGACGCUGCAUGAGAAGAGACAAGCUAUGAAAUCAAACACGCAGUCAAGGUCUGGCUCCGGUGCCUAUGUCCUCUCUUCCGCGUUGCCAGAAGAAUACCGAAGCGCAUCGAUCCUCAGACCAUCGAAAACCCCAAACGCAGAACAAGAAGCAACAUAUAUGGGAUUCUACACGCUGCUCGUGUCGCUGAUAUGGCUGAACGGCGGAGAAAUCAGCGAGCAGAAGUUGCAGCGGUCCCUGAUGCGCCUCAACGCGGAUCGAAUGCUGGCCAGCGAGCGGACCGAGGUGGUUCUCAAGAGGCUGGAGAGGCAAGGAUAUGUGAUCAAGAAGGUGGACCGGCCGCCAGUCGGUUACGAGGGCGACCAGACCAUCACAUGGCAUGUCGGGCCUCGAGCAAAGGAAGAAAUCGGCCUGGACGGCGUCAUGGGAUUGGUGCGCGAGGUGUAUGGCCAUCCCGAAGACGCGGCCUUUGAUAAGAAACUGCGGUCGAGCCUGGGGCUGAAGAGCAGACAGCUCGGAGAUGGCGAAGGGGAGGAUGGUAACGAUGUGAGCAUGACGAACGGCGCAUAG